AUGCGUGGAGGCCGUGGUGGCGGCGGUGGUCGCGGAGGCCGUGGCGGCAGCUUUGGCCGUGGUGGUCGCGGGGGCGGUGGUGGUCGCGGGGGCGGUGGCGGUCGUGGAGGUCGAGGCCGCGGUGGUGGGGGCCGUGGUGGGGCCUCGGCGGUGCGGGGCAACGUUUUUCAGCCUCAUGCUCGUAUGCGUGGGUGCUAUCUGCUUGCCGGCAAAGACACCCUUGCAACGAAGUCCCUUGUUCCUGGUGUUUCCAUCUACGGUGAGAAACGGGUCAGUGGGACCAUUGCCGGGGAAACCGAGUCCACUGAGUUCCGUGUGUGGAACCCGUACCGUUCAAAGUUGGCGGCGGCUAUUUAUUCGGGUGUUGCCCAGAUCUAUAUGGAGCCGGGAUCUUCUGUACUGUACCUUGGAGCCGCCAGCGGAACCACUGUUAGUCAUGUUUCAGACCUGGUAGGGCCAGAGGGUGUUGUAUAUGCGGUGGAGUUUUCGCACCGCAGUGGUCGUGACUUGGAGGAGAUGACCAAGCGCCGAAGCAACAUUGUGCCCAUCCUGGAAGAUGCACGCUACCCACAGAAGUAUCGGAUGCUGAUCCCACGGUUGGUGGAUUGCAUUUUCAUGGAUGUCGCCCAGCCUGACCAGGCACGUAUCCUAGCGUUGAAUGCGCAACACUUCUUGAAGGAGAAUGGCGGGUUUGUCAUUUCCAUCAAAGCCAACUGCAUUGACUCCACCGCGAAUCCUGCCACGGUAUUUGCCUCGGAGGUGCAGAAGCUGAAGGACUCUGGUUUGAGGCCCAAGGAGCAGGCUUCACUAGAGCCCUUUGAACGUGAUCAUGCCGUGGUUGCGGGGUACUACAAGUCGCCACCGAAGUGA